AAAAACUUGAAUAUAUUAAUAUGCUACACAAUACUAAUUAGAAUAUAGUUAAUGUACGUACUAGCCGCAACGAAUAUGAAUGACAUAAUGGAGAGUGUACCAUCAGUGAUACUCAGCAUAAUAUUCAGUUGGAAAGUGGUGAUUAUAAUGUUUGAUAUCAAAAAAGUAAAAUAUUGCCUCCAAAGCAUAGAAAAAGAUUGGCAAUUGUUAAAUACAAAUACAGAAAGAACUAUUUUGCAACGCCACGCUGAAUAUGGGCAAUUUUUAGCGACGGCUUAUGCAAUUUUCGUGCACGUGAUGCAAAUAUGUUACAUAUUAAAACCAAUCAUUCCGAGGUUGUUAGACAACGAUAUUACGAAUUCUACGAAACCUAUACCAAAACUGGUAUAUCCCGUCGAGUAUGGUGUGGACAUAGACCAAUAUUUUUAUCCAAUAUCGAUUCACUGUUAUUUAGCUCUAUUCGCUCAUUCAUUUGGUACAAUUGCAGUCGAUAUCUUAUAUUGUAUUUUGAUUCAGCAUGCUUGCGGGAUGUUCACGAUCAUUGAACACAUACUAGAAGAAGUUGGUAAAGAUAAUAACGCGAAUUUUCAAUUUAAAUUAAAUAAAACAACAGAUAUUGAUUAUAAGAAAGCAUUGAAUUGCUUACGUAAACAUCUGCAAGUAAUCAAAUUUGUGGAAUCAAUCGAAUCUGUAUUCACAAAAGUAUUCCUGAUCAGCGUUAACUUGAAUGUAAUUUGUGGAAGUAUAAGCGGUAUACAGGUAAUAUUGAAUUUAGACAAUCCUGGAACUAUAUUAACACCUUUGGCUCUCUAUACUGGGCAACUCGGUCAUCUUUUUAUACAAUUCUGGCAAGCUCAGUUUAUAUUAGAUUACAGUACUAUUCCAUGGGAAUCUAUGUAAGAAUGCAAAUUUUCAGUCUUAUAAUUCUAGUAUUUAUACAUAGUUACAAAUAGAGAGAGCGCUUUCUAAACUACAAAUAUACACGCGAAUUAUUAUUAUAUCUUUCUUCGAUAUUCAGUGACAAAAAAACUGAAUAACUCCUGUAAAUUUAUCUCUUGUUGAAAAGUUUCUAGAAUGAGAUAAACUAUGUUCCGCAGAAAAAGCACUUUUGCUACUGUUGUAAAAUUCUUUAAUAUGAUUAAUAUGAUUAUAUAUUUAGGCUCAGUAAAGAAAUAAGGCCAAAAAUUAAUCAUAUAAAAGAAUCUUACAAUUGCAAAGCUGUUUUCUUCUGCUGAAUGCCUUGCAUUAUAGUUGCAGAGGAUACUGGUAUUAUACUUCGAAGAGAUGUCGCAAACUCUUUUUCUUAAUUAUGAGUAGAACUAUGUCACCAUGCAAAAUAACGGCUGGUAAAAUUAUAAUUUUAUCAAUUGAAAACUUUGCUACAGUAAGU